AUAUAAAUGCGAGAAGAGAACAAGAUUUUCAGAGUGGCUCCAAUUUCCGAAUCGUGGGGCACUAACAAGUAAAGCACAAUUUCUGUUGUACCUGUGGGCAUGAAACCCUAAUUCACUUGCUUCUCGAUCUUCGAAGAGCAAUUCUUCCACGCUCGUCUUCGCUCUCCAUCUGGACAAAGAUCCAUCUGAAAAUCUGUUACGAGCGUUUGUUGGACAAUGGACGGGAACAAGGACGACGCGUUGAAAUGCUUGAAAAUCGGCAAAGAGGCGUUAGAAAACGGCGAUCGGACACGAGCGUUGAAGUUCGUGACGAAAGCUCGCCGCCUCGACCCCACCCUUCCCGUCGACGAUCUAUUGUCUGCGAUAGAGAAGGACACAGGGGAUCCGCCCCCUGCUGCCGCCUACGCGGAGCCCACAAAGGGCCCCGAUCAGCCCUCUAUCCGUCGAAGGGCUGCGACGGUGCCAUCGUCGUCCUCAUCAUCCUCAUCGGUCACAUAUACCGAAGAGCAAAUUUCAAUUAUCCGAGAGAUUAAGAGGAAGAAGAACUAUUAUGAGAUAUUGGGAUUGGAGAAAAGUUGCACUGUUGAGGAUGUGAGGAAGUCUUAUAGGAAACUGUCUCUGAAGGUUCAUCCCGACAAGAACAAAGCCCCGGGCGCCGAGGAAGCGUUCAAGGCUGUGUCGAAGGCGUUUCAGUGUCUUAGCAAUGAUGAGAGUCGGAGGAAGUAUGAUCUUUCGGGGGAGGAUGAAUUGGUUUACGAGCAGCGAGCGGCGAGGCCUGCGGCGAGGGGUUUUAAUGGUUAUUAUGAGGCUGAUAUUGAUGCUGAGGAGAUAUUUAGGAACUUUUUCUUUGGAGGAAUGGCUCCAGCAGCUAACUUUGGUGGAUUCAGUUUUGGGCCUGGGAUGGCCCAUAGGCCUGCUGAACCUGGCUCUGGUGGCUUUAAUGUUCGCGCUUUAAUUCAGUUGCUUCCGGUUCUGCUCAUUUUGCUAGUCAACUUUUUGCCUUCGUCGGAUCCUAUAUAUGUGCUUUCGCAGAAUUAUCCUUAUGAACACCGUUUGACUACGCCCAAGGGUGUUAACUAUUAUGUUAAGUCUGCAAAAUUUUCUCAGGAGUAUCCACCGGGGAGCAAUGAGCUUGCGGCAAUUGAAGAAAGGGUUGAAAGGGAGUACUUCAGCGUUCUCCGCCAGAACUGUCAUUUUGAGUUGCAGCGUCGCCAGUGGGGUUAUAUCCGGGAAACACCGCACUGCGAUAUGCUUCGGAAGUUUGGGGCGGCGAAUUGAUAUGUUGAAUCAAGGUCCUUAUUACAUUGUCUUUCCUUUUUAUGUAGAUGCAGCAGAUUUACCUGCUUGUUAUAUUAUAGGAUGUACAAUUUAUUUUUCACUCUGAUAUUAGUGAAGCAAGUUCGUAAUAAGCUGCUUUGACGGGAUUGUUAGCUCUUGAGCUUCAACAAAUAUCUCUACCACGGGUCUUCCUUUACAUUUUAAAAUCAUUCAUUGCCAGAGAUGUGAAUGCAUUGUGUCACAUGUGUACCUAGCAUUGUCUUUUUGACUGGUGUAUUUUAUAUACUACUGCAGUGAGUGGAACACCAUAUGAUAGAGCAAAUCAGUAAGUACCUAGUAUUGCUAUAUUGCCUUAAUUAGUUCUGUUGGUUUUAUUGCU